GGAGGAGGCGCAGAGGAAGAGCUGGGGGGAAGAUGAAGGAGAGCAGUUGACAGCAGAGGCGCGUGCUCAGCCGCUCAGCUAACGGUCCGCUCCGCUCCGCCACGCGCCGCCACGCGCAGAUACUCACCGCGCGCCUCCCCGUGAGACCCCGCGGCCCCGGUCCAGCCAUGCAGAUCACCCUGAAGACCCUGCAGCAGCAGACCAUCCACAUCACCAUCGACGAUCACCAGACGGUGAAGGCUCUGAAAGAGAAAAUCGAAGCAGAGAAAGGAAGGGAUAGUUUUCCAGUUUCCGGACAGAAGCUGAUCUAUGCGGGCAAAAUCCUGCAGGAUGACACGCCCAUCAAAGAGUACAAAAUCGACGAGAAGAACUUUGUCGUCGUGAUGGUAUCAAAGCCAAAGCCUCCAGCCGCCCCUGAGCCACCAAAGGCCGCUCCCACGGCAACACCUUCCUCCUCCUCCUCCUCCUCUCCUCCUCCUCCUCCAGCUCCAGCAGCCAUACCGUUCUUCUCUGACGAGGACUCGCCAUGUGACCCCCCUGCUACAGUCUCCCCGACACACAGUCCAGAACGUCCUUGUCUGGGUGAAGAAGAGGAGGAAUCGUCUUCAGUAUCGGGUCCAGGCUACGAGGCUAUGCUAACAGAGAUCAUGUCGAUGGGCUAUGAGAGGGAGAGGGUGGUGGCGGCGCUGAGAGCCAGUUAUAAUGACCCUAACCGCGCUGUGGAGUACCUGCUUAAUGGUAUUCCUACAGUUCCUGUGCAGGAGACGAGCCCAGUGUCCACCCGCACGCCUGGCUCAGGAACACACUCUACUGAAGGAGAGAACCCUCUGGAGUUCUUGCGUUCUCAGCCUCAGUUCCAGAACAUGAGGCAGCUGGUCCAGCAGAACCCGUCCCUCCUGCCAUCACUGCUACAGCAACUGGGCCGGGAGAACCCCGAGCUCCUGCAGCAAAUCCGGCAGCACCAGGAGCUGUUCAUUCAGAUGCUGAAUGCCCCAGCUGGAGAAGGUGAGGGGGAGGGGCCUGAGGGGGCGGAGCAUGCUGACCUGGGGGCCAUGGGAGAAGAAGGAGCACCUGUGGAUUAUAUCCAGGUCACAGCGCAGGAGAAAGAGGCCAUUGAGAGGUUAAAAGCUCUGGGCUUCCCCGAGGCGCUGGUGGUGCAGGCGUACUUCGCCUGCGAGAAGAACGAGAACCUGGCCGCCAACUUCCUGCUCAAUCAGGACGAAUGAGGUGUACAAACCCCGCCUCCUCACCAGAGCCACGCCCCCUCACCUCCCUGCACAGCGCUGUGUUCUCUUUAGGCAGCAGUUUUUGCCAUGUUUCUGUUCAGCUAUGGGAAAGAGUGCAGCUGGGCGGGGCUGCGGACGGGCGGGACGGGCC